AUGGAGGAGAUCGAGAUGGAGGCCCAGGCCGUCGGGGCCCAGGACGGCUUCACCCACGUUUCCCGCAAGGGGGGCCGGCGGGCGAAGAAGCGGCAGGCCGAACAGGCGUCCUCCACGGGAGAGGGCGAGGACGCGGGGCGUAUGGACACGGACGAGCCCCGGCCGGCCAAGAGGCCUGUCUUUCCGCCUCUCUCCGGGGAUGCUUUCCUGAGCGGGAAGAACGAAACCAGGAAAGUUCCUGUCCCAGCCAACAGAUACACGCCCUUAAAAGAGAACUGGAUGAAGAUUUUUACGCCCAUUGUCGAACACUUGGGACUUCAGAUACGCUUUAACUUGAAAUCCAGGAAUGUAGAGAUUAGGACAUGUAAAGAAACUAAAGAUGUUAGUGCUCUGACCAAAGCUGCUGACUUUGUGAAAGCCUUCAUCCUUGGGUUUCAGGUGGAGGAUGCUCUUGCCCUUAUUAGGCUGGAUGACCUCUUUCUAGAGUCUUUUGAAAUUACUGAUGUGAAGCCCCUUAAGGGAGACCACCUAUCUAGAGCUAUUGGAAGAAUUGCUGGCAAAGGAGGGAAAACCAAAUUUACCAUUGAGAAUGUGACCCGGACGCGGAUUGUUUUGGCUGAUGUGAAAGUUCACAUCCUUGGCUCUUUCCAAAACAUCAAGAUGGCAAGAACUGCCAUCUGCAACCUCAUCCUGGGAAAUCCUCCUUCAAAGGUCUAUGGCAACAUUCGAGCUGUGGCCAGUAGAGCAGCAGAUCGGUUUUGAUCGUGAAGGAGAGACC